AGAAAUAAAAUUGCUUGUAAUCAUUUAAGUUACUGGUCCAAGUUUGCUAUCGAAGCAGUUUUUCUUACUUAAAUUGAACAUUUUUGAACUAAAUAUACAAAAUGCCCGACCAUUUAGGUGAUGAUAUGCGCAAAGUGAAAUCGGAGAACAAAGAGGUUGAACCGGAAAUAGAAGCUCUUGACGAUGUGGAUAUUGAACUUCUUAAAACAUAUGGCCAAGGGCAGUAUCAUAAAACGAUAAAGCAAAUCGAGGACGAUAUCCAGAAGUCUAUCAAACAGGUUAACGAGUUAACUGGAAUAAAAGAAAGCGAUACAGGUUUGGCUCCACCAGCACUGUGGGACUUAGCGGCCGAUAAACAGAUCCUUCAAAAUGAGCAGCCGUUACAGGUUGCCCGAUGUACUAAAAUUAUCAACGCUGAUUCAGACGAUCCUAAGUAUAUUAUCAACGUAAAGCAAUUCGCAAAAUUCGUAGUUGAUCUGGCUGACUCUGUGGCUCCAACGGAUAUUGAAGAGGGGAUGCGCGUUGGCGUGGACCGCAACAAGUAUCAAAUACAUAUUCCCUUACCACCAAAGAUUGAUCCAACAGUAACGAUGAUGCAGGUAGAGGAGAAGCCAGAUGUGACCUACAGUGACGUAGGAGGUUGUAAGGAACAAAUCGAGAAACUGCGUGAAGUGGUUGAGACUCCACUUCUGCAUCCUGAGAAAUUUGUUAACCUCGGUAUUGAGCCGCCAAAAGGUGUGCUGUUGUUUGGUCCACCUGGAACGGGUAAAACCCUAUGCGCUCGGGCCGUUGCCAAUCGAACCGAUGCCUGUUUCAUCCGAGUCAUUGGGUCUGAACUGGUUCAAAAAUACGUCGGCGAAGGCGCUCGCAUGGUUCGUGAAUUGUUUGAAAUGGCGCGCUCUAAAAAAGCAUGCUUGAUAUUUUUUGACGAAAUAGAUGCCAUAGGAGGAGCUAGAUUCGAUGAUGGGGCGGGUGGUGAUAAUGAAGUGCAGAGAACUAUGUUGGAGCUGAUUAACCAAUUGGACGGUUUCGAUCCACGUGGAAAUAUCAAGGUAUUGAUGGCCACCAAUCGUCCGGACACAUUAGAUCCAGCUCUCAUGCGUCCCGGUCGCUUGGAUCGUAAAGUUGAAUUUGGCCUUCCCGAUCUGGAGGGCAGAACCCACAUCUUCAAAAUACAUGCGCGAUCAAUGUCCGUAGAGAGAGAUAUUCGUUUCGAAUUACUAGCUCGACUCUGUCCCAACUCAACUGGUGCUGAGAUUCGUUCAGUGUGUACCGAAGCAGGCAUGUUUGCCAUCAGAGCCAGACGCAAGGUUGCAACGGAGAAAGAUUUUCUUGAGGCAGUCAACAAAGUUAUUAAAAGUUACGCCAAGUUCAGUGCUACACCGAGAUAUAUGACAUACAAUUAAAUAAAAUCAUGAUGUCACAAUAUAAUUUCAAUAAACAUUUGUAACUUUAAAAAUAAACAA